AUGGCAGCUGCAAUGACGUUAACAAAUAAAUCUUCUCUUGGUAAUUCAUCGAAACAUUCAUCUCCAGUAAUUAAUCCAAUAGAAUCUUAUUCUCCAGCUUCAUCAUCAACAACAACAUUUUCACCUGAAUCAUCGAAUUCAAUAUCGUCACCAGAUAAAUCAUUGUUAUUGAAUGAACAUCAACAACACGAACAAUCAAUCCGUCUUGUCGAUUAUUUUGUUGUUUGUGGUUUAGUUAAAUAUCUUGAGGUUGAGCCACUAUCGGAGUUACCUGGUGAACAAAUUUUAAAUCCAUUUCAAUGUUCAUAUCGGUGUCGUGUACUAUGUCAUUAUCCAAAUGAAAGUUCAAAUAAUUCAUUUGAUGAAGAUGCAAUUAGUCGAUUAUCAAUGCCAGAUGGUGUUUCUAUUCGACAAAAUUCUCCUGAUCCACCGUCAACACAUCCAUUUUUAAUUACACGACUGGAUGGAACACGCUAUUACGGUGUUGCAUUAACAUUUUUUGAACAUAUAAAUAAUGACGAUGAAACUUGUUCAGAAAGUUCAUCUUCACCAGCAAUUACUUCUUUAAAUCGUUUAAUUGAAAAUUACAAUCGAACAUGUCGACAUCAAAGUCGUUCAUCAUCAUUAAUUUAUGCGAGCAAAGCAAUUUGUUUAAUUGGUUCACAAGCUCAUUAUUCAACAUUUAAACGUAUUUUAGAACUUCUCUAUCGUAUGACAAUUGAACAUGAUUUAUUAGGUUUACCAUUUGAAGCUCAUUUGCAUAGUAUAUUACAUGAAUUAUAUAUACCAUCUCCAUUAUCAUCGCAUUCGGUUCUUAAAUUUAAUGUUGGUGAAAGACAAUUAACUGUUUGGCAACCAAGUAUUCGUCAUGAUGAUUUACCCUUAUUAGAUUUCAAUUUGUUGGAUUUUUUUUCUUUAUUACGUGUUGAAGGUGUUGUUGACCUUGUAACAUGCGCUUUAUUAGAACAUCAAAUCAUAUUUAAAUCUUCAGAUUAUACUCGUUUAAUGCUGGUUGCCGAAAGUUUAACAUCUCUUCUCUUUCCAUUUCAAUGGACACUUCUUUAUGUUCCAAUUGUGUUCACUGCUGCACUUGUUUGUCUUGAUGUACCUGUACCUGCUAUAAUGGGUCUUCGCAUAAAUAAAUCGAAUGCAAACUCAGAUGCUAAAGACGAUGAUAAUGAUAGAUAUAGUGAUACAAGUGAUGAAGCCAAUUUUGAUGUUCAACGAUGUGUUGUUCAUAUUGAUACAGGACUUAUUCAAUUGCCUGAUGAUAUGCCACGUUUUCCUGAUCACAAUUGUUUUAUAAAGGAAUUAAAUCAAAUACUAUCCCGAUUUGAUAAUUAUAUUGAUAGUGAUUUAUCAAAAAAUAAAUCAAAAACUAAGCUUAAAUUUCAAAAUAGUGAAGAUUGGACACAUGUUGAUGAUCAACAAUCGUUAAAAGAAUCAAAUGAUGAACCAAGUCAAGCAUUAACAAGACUUUCAGCAAUAGCUAAACGUGCUGGAAUCGUUGUUAAUAAUAAUGAAGAUAAAAAUAGUAAUAGAACAUCUUGUUUAUUUAAUGAAUCUGAAUUACGUCGAAUCUCAGCGAAUACUUGUCUACGUGAAUCAUUUGUAAAUCGCUUUGCCCAAUUAUUUAGUCAGAUGGAGGCAUUUAUAUGUUACCCACCAGAAGGCAAAUAUAACAAUGUUGAUCAAUGGUUAGCACAACGAAGUACCACAAAAAAUUUCGAUCGUACAAUGUUUAUAGCUGAUCAACCAAAACCACAUGUUCCGUUUUUACUUGCAUUUAUGGAAACGCAAUCAUUUGUUUCGUUUAUUGAUAGUAAAAUUGCAGCGAAAUUUAAUGACAAUAGUCAUCUUUUUGGUUUAACAACUAAACAUUUACAAUAUUUUUCUGAUCGUAUUCGUUUAUAUCAAGAUCGUCGUGAUUUAACCUAUCAAUGUUGUCCUUCAAUUGAUUUAAUCGAUGAAAAAAUACGUCGUCGUUUUACUUCACCUCUUCCGUCAUCACUAAUUGUAAUUAAUGCACCUGUAGUUCAUCCACUCACUCAUACUGUAAUCUCUACAGCCAAUAAUUCUUAUCUAUUUGAGAAUCUCAAUGGAAGUUUACUUGAAUCAUCAUCUAUCAAUAUAUCUUCACCUUUAAAUAGUAAUAUUCCAAAAAGAAAUUCGUCUUCAACUCGAUCUUUUCAAAAUAAAGAUACACGACGACGUACAACACGUUUAAGAAAACAGCAAACAAUCAAUUCAACUGAAUAUCAGCAACACGCUGGUUUUGUAGAAAAUGAUGUUGUCUUUCAACAAUUACUCAAAGAAUGUACUACUAAAACAAAACGAAUGGUGAUUGAAAAGAUGGAAGAUAUCGUCGAAGGUUCAUCGACAAUAAAAAAUGUUGAUCCAUCAUCAAUGGUUAAUUUAGAAGAAAAUGUUUUAAUAGCAGGUUUUUGUGAUUUACUUGAACGUACCUGGUCUCAUGGUCUUCAUCAUAAACCAAAUGGAAGAUCUGCUCUAUGGAAUCAUAUUAAAUGCUAUGUUAAACUUAAAGAUUACGAAUCAGCGCUAAUGCUUCGUGCCGAUCUUCCAGUAACACUAAAUAAAGAUGAAAAUCCAGUUUGGUAUUUAACGAAAAAGCAAUCAGCGAAUCGUAGUGCGUCAGCUAGUCGAUCACAAUCUCCCAGUGCACAUCGUUCUCAUACUCUUCCACGAUCACAAAUAAAUUUACAUCAAGCACGUUCAUCGCCUCUGUUAGCAAUGGCAAAUUCAACAUUAAAUCUUCUUUCAUCGGAUAAUUUGAUAAAAGACAAUAUAUCGAGCAUAUCUCUAGUUCAUGAUUUUCAUUCGAUUGAAUCAUGUUUUGGACACAACCCAGUUUCUGUCUCAGCAUCCGAAAUUGGUUUUGCGCGUGCAUUUGUUCGUUUGGCCCUUGAACGUCGUCUUUUAUCUCGUCAUUUAUCUGAAUUACUUUUUCAUGCAGAUCUCUUACAAGCCUUAUAUAAACGUGAUGCUUUUUUACGUGCGGAUGAUGGAGAUUUAAGAAAACAAUUUAUAGCUCAUAUUGAAUCGCUUCAAUUACUUGAUUAUAAAUGUUUCUCGAAUUCCUAUGCAGAUAUUGAUGUUUUUUAUCAUGUUAUUAUUGUUCCAACCAGAGCGCGAGCAACAGGAAUUUCUAGUACAACGACUGCUUGUCCAUAUAUUGCAUUAGCAGGCCUUCUUGGAUCAACAAAAAUUAUAUCAUUGCCAUCAAAGAAUACACUUGAAAUUAAAUUCAAACAUAAAAACUUGGGUCAACUAACAACACUUUGCAUAGGCCAUGAUAAUAGUGGUUUAAUGCCUCGAUGGAAUAUUGAUCAUGUUCUUGUUCGAAAUGAAUUAACUAACAAUAUGUAUCGGUUUCCAUGUGGAAGAUGGUUAGGUAUAGGAGUCGAUGAUGAUAGUUUGCAGCGACUUCUUUUUGUUGAUUCGACUUAUUCAUUUGAAACGAAUGAUAAUAAUAAUAAUAAUAAUAAUAGUGGAUUUUUCGAUUCUGGCUCAUCAUCUCAAUUGAUGACAGCAAGCUACACUGGUGGAGGAUCUCAAGCAAACUUAUCAAGUUCAAUAAGAUCUCGAUCACCUAGUUUACGACGUGCCAAUGACCAAAAUUUUGUCUUCAGUUGGCUAUCGGAAAAUUUUCAUCGUCAAAAUCAAGCAAAUCAACAAGCUGAUGAUAUCUAUGAGUUGUUGGGACGAUCUAUAAAUCAACUGGUUAAGUAUUUCGAUGAACCUGAAAAAAAAAGAGGACUCAUCACACCGAUUUUAUGUGGGGAAGACGGUCUUGUCAAUGCAUUGGAAAAGACUCUUUCGUAUGGUUUGAAAAAAUCAACUGGUAAUGUUCCAUUUUUUAGUGGUGGACGAAAAAGAUAUGCUUGGGAUUUUCUAAUUAAAGUUUGUGAUGAAUAUGAUGGACGUCGAUCUCAAUGGCAGCGUACUAAACAAGAGAAGACUAUUAUAUAUUAUAUAAAUGGAGUUCGAUCAAUUGAAAAAGGUCUUGCUACAUUUGGUAAAGAUGGCCGCUUUCAAAGUUGGUGUUGUUUAGCCUGCAAACUUCGUUUACUAUCAGAUUGGUUUCAACUGUUAACUCAAUGUAGCGAUUCAUGUCUACAACAAUUUUAUGAUCCAUCGAAUAAUUGUUUCCGACAAGAGAAACUAAAUCAAUUUAUUGUCAAUAUUUUAGAGCCCAUUAGAGAUUUUGAUUUCGCUCAUUUAGAACCAGCAUUACUCAAAGGACUUGUUGGUGUUUAA